UAUAAAUCGUAAAUUUAUGGUCACAUUAGCUAAUUUUAAAUUCAAUGAAUUACCUCUUAUGUAACGAAAAUAAAAAAAGUAUGUGCUUUGUAUUUAGAGAAAAGGGCGCCAGUUAAUUUCAAACUGAAAAUUGUAAUAUUGCUACCCAUAAACAGUGGAAUUUUGGCCAAAGUUUAUUUAUUUUGUAAAAUUGCCAAAAAGUUGAUGAAUGAUGAAUGUGCUGCAGUAGAAAUUAGGAAAAACCUGUAACAAAAAACCCUGAUGGAUGAUGAAGAUUACAAAGUUUCUUCUGAAAUAUAUUCGGAAUUCGAUUAUCGAACAACUAUCGAGCCUAAGUUAAACAAAAAUGACCUAGUGUCCAGAUUUCCUUUUAAAUGGCCUCCAAAGUUAGCACAAACUGAUAAUGACGGUGAUCUUGUUGUGGACAGGUCAGAUUUUAAUGAGCAAGACAGCAGAGCAGAAUUCGUGGAAAUAGAACAUAGUGGUAGUACUGUGCUAGGACUGGUAGGUCUCCAGGUAUGGCGUGGGGCCCUGUUACUAGCCGAUUGGUUGUUCCAUAUCAGAAAACUCCUUAAAAAUAAUUCUGUUAUAUUGGAACUGGGCUCAGGGGUUGGCUUAACAAGUAUCAUAGGUGCACAUUAUGCACCCGUGGUGUGCACAGAUGUUAAUAAGGGGGAAAUUUUAAAACUUAUUGAGAGUAACGUUGCUAGAAAUUCACACCUGUUGGUAUACCCAGUUAAAAUUGUAGAGUUAGAUUUCACCCAAACCGAAUUUACUCAAGAGAUCAAAGAUCUAUUACCAAAUAUAGAAGUAAUUCUAGCGGCUGAUGAAAAAUGUGAUUUAACUUGGACUUGCCUGAUUAACUUCUUCAUCUCCCCUCCCCUCCCUCUAGCCCGUUUGUCUACUGUGUAAGGUAGGAUUUUUAUAUUAUUUUUUAAAAACAUGGAGCUUUAAUUGAAAUCUCCCAUAUAUUGUCAUUAAUAUGAUCCAAAAUAAUUAUGUAAUUUAAAAUUUCGUAUUAAAUUAGCCUUAAUGUAAUAAUCAACAAAUUAUUACGACUAAAAGAACAAAGAUGGCGGCAUUUUCGAUAACAAAAGUCAGGAGGGAUAAAUUAGAGACCAUUUUAGGGAGUUAUUUUAACAACUAUUAAUCGUACGGAACUUAUCACAAUUUAUUUCCUAAAGGAGGAUAAAGAGGAAAUUUGUUACUAAAAUGAACAAUUUAA